AACUCAUAAAAUACCAUGAAGAACAUCUAAAGACACUUUGUGUCAGUGCUGGACAGACACUGGAGGACAAAACAUCUACAGCAGUUAAACACAUAGAUCCACCUUAAAUUCAAGUCCACUUUAAGGGAAUAUCUUAAUCCUCUUUUUUUGUUUCAGGAGUGUCAGCUGAUCAACCUAACCAGAGAAAACUGUCCAUGCUGCAGUGAUCGACCAGCGUGCCCGGCCUUCCCCACCGAGUUGGUGUUUGCUCUGGACAUAUCGGAGGACGUGCGAGCGGUAGACUUCGAGAGGCAGCGCUCCGCCCUCCUCUCCCUGCUGGACGACAUCGCCAUCGCUGAGAGCAACUGUCCAACAGGCGCUCGUGUCACUGUGGUUGCCUACAGCGCCCAAAUCAAGUACCUGAUCCGCUUCCAGGACUUCCGUUACAGGGAAAAGCUGAAAGAAGCUGUGAAGAACAUCCUCCAGGAAAAGACCAAUCGUCGUUUUCUGGGUGCCAGCAUGCGCUUUGUAGGUCGGAACGUCUUCAAGCACACACGUGCAGGAAUAAUGAUGAGGAAGGUGGCCGUGUUCUUUUCUAGCGGGUCUGUCCAAGAUCUUGAGGAAGUUGCCACUGCUGUGUGGGAGUACAGAGCCCGGGACAUUUCUUUGGCGAUCAUCUCAACGAUUAAUGCUCCGCCUGUCAGGCAAGCACUCGAGGUCGACGAAUCAGGGAAAUCCCUCUUCAUAGUGCUGGGCAGGAACAUGGCUGCUGACCUGAGGAGGGCCAAGAACUGUCUGAUCUGUUACGACCCCUGCAGACCUUCAGAGGAGUGCGCCUUCAUCAAGGAACCACUGCAGCCUCAGCAGGUCGACUUGGACCUGGUCAUGGUGUUGGACAGCUCCAGGGAGGUGCAGGCUGAUGAGUACGCUGGUGCCCAGCAGCUGUUGGGUUCUGUGGUGGAGCAACUGGCCGUGAGCCCACAACCCAGAAGGGCGGGCAACCAGGCCCGGGUGGCUGUAGUCCAGCAGAGCGGCACUCAGGUUUCCAAGCCGGAGUUUGGCCUGCAGUCCUACCAGAACCACAACCUGAUGAAGACCCAUCUUAUCAAGAAGAUGCAGCAGCAGGGCGGCUCCUCGGCGCUGGGACAGACGCUGGAGUUCACCCUGAGGGAGGUGCUCCGGAAGGCCACCCAGCCCCGGAGGAGAAGGGCGGUGCUGACGGUGGUGGGCACCGAGACGGCUUACGAGGACCGAGCCAAGCUGCACUACAUCUCCCAGAAGGCCAAGUGUGAGGGGGUGGCGAUGUUUGUGGUGACGGUCGGCGACCGCUACAACCGGACGCAGGUGGAGGAGCUGGCCAGUCUGCCUCUGCAGCAGCACUUGAUCCACCUCAGCAAACUGAACGCUGACGAGCAGGGCUACGCCCAGCGCUUCUUCAGGGUCUUCCUCAGCGCCCUCAACAAGGGAAUGAACUCGUAUCCUCCUCCGUCAUAAAACAGACCUGCAACCAGAUGAUGGCGCGGCGGACCAGAAGGUCAGGGGUCGGCAGAGCUGGACGAGGACAUGUUGGCGGAUGAGCAGACAUUACAGGAACAAACUCAGACCAUGAGUUCACCGCCAGGAGCUAACCUCCAUG